UUAAACAACCGAAUGGUUUUUUAACUGAAACGGCAGCGGGCUUGUUAGCAACGCGCGAUGCGCCGUUCGUGUUCCUUUCGAUUCAUAUUGCUAUUUAUGCAAUUUUUCUCAGCCCCGCUGCGUCAAGCCCUCAUCAUCGAAGCAGCAUGGCCAGCGACUUCGUAUAGCAUUACUCGUGAGCAAGAACAAAAUGCGAUGGAUAAUGGGAACAGCGAGAGCGGAAGCCCUUUGCCGAAAACUGUAAAUCGGGAAAUGGUGCCACGAGAAGAAGAACAUGCUGCUGCCGCCAAUAUGGCAGGCAAUUUCCAUUUCCCACAACGCAAUGUCGCACUUCCGCCCUACUUGAAAAGACAAUGGCGUCUUUUGCAUCAAAGGUACGAUAAAUAUAUGAAGAAGCUGCAGGUGCGCCGGGUGUGGGUGGACCUGCAAUCUCCGGCUGACUGGCCGAGUGUCAUGGCUCCUGACAUUACAUUGCGUUCCGGCGGCGUGGGCAAACGAACACCCAUACAAUGGCCACCUAGAGAGAAGAAUGAGGGGAAUAAUGAGCCACGAUAUCCCUAUGGCUAUGUUUGGCCACAAGGCCGUCCACCACCACACAACUUGAAGCGAAAACCGGGGAACUAUGACCGCCAGAUGUUCUUGCCUACGAUCAGUGCUGGAGUCAUGACCAACCUAGGCGAUUUUUUCAACGAACUCAAGGCGAACGUGCUCUUUGCCGAGCAAUCACAACAAUUGGGCGAAGCAGAGUCCCAACUGCUGGAAGGUGUGCAUCCGCAUCCAUUGCACGAGGCCAGGUACAAUCAAGACAUGCAGAAGGACUUGAAAACGUCUCAGCUACUGCAAGCCAUUCGCACCUACAGACCUUCGCAAAAAAUACGCUCAUUGGUCUCCAGAAAUCCGGACGGCUACCAAGGCUCACAGCUUAUCGAUCCAAGCUACAUGUGGCUAGGCCUCGGUAAAUGACAGUAAAUUGGACCCACCCAUUC